AUGGCUGGUGGCGACAGAGGCAGGAAACCCAAGCACCAGGCCCGACGGCACCGUGUUCCUCUGGAGAUCGUGCUCAUGGAGAAGGUGGGCUCUGGCUGCCGCUCAAUCAUCCAGCUCCUCGACUGGUUUGAGCUGCCUGACAGCUUCCUGCUGGUCAUGGAGCGCCCGGAGGCAUCUCGGGAUCUCCUGCACUUGCUGCUGGAGCAGGAGCUCCUGAGCGAGGAGGUGGCGCGCUGGCUUUUGCGCCAGGUGCUGGAGGCCGUGUGGCACUGCACCGCCUGCGGCGUCCUGCACCGCGACAUCAAGCCGGAGAACCUCCUCGUGGACCCGGAGAGCGGCGAGCUGAAGCUCAUCGACUUCGGUUGCGGCACCUUCCUCCAGGAGCGCGCCUUCACACGAUUUGCCGGAACACGCGUGUACAGCCCACCCGAGUGGAUCGGCCUUGGCUGCUACCACGGCCAUUCGGCCACCGUCUGGUCCCUGGGUGUGCUGCUGUACGAAAUGGUCUGCGGGAGCCUCCCCUUCAGGGACGACCGCGCCAUCGUGUCGGGGCAGCUCGUCUUCCGGCGCCAGGUCUCUCCAGAGUGUGAACAUCUGGUCCGCUGGUGCUUGUCCAAGCACCCCGCCGACAGGCCAGAGCUGGAGCAGAUCUUCUGGCACCCUUGGGGCACAGGAGGCGGCGAUUCCCACACGUCGGAAGCCAAGCAGGCGAGGCACAAGGCCGGCUGGCCUAAACUGGCAGCUUCUCGGGGCGAGAGCAUGGAAAAGGAAGCUGUGUACCCCGUGGAAUCCAGGUCAGGAGAAUACGCAGAUGCUUCUUGCCACGGUGGGGAGAAAUCUGCUGUGGGGAAAGCUCAACUGGAGAUGCAGGCGGCCAGAAAUCAAAAGAGGGGGGCACAAUAA